GUCACUCGCCUGGCUGGCUGGCUGGCUGGCUGGCGAGUAUCUGGCGGUGUGGUGUGUGCGGUCGGACUGUGGUUGUGUUUCAGGGCUGGUCGUGUUGAUAACGACACACUUAGGACGCAUUUCAUCGCGGAGAGAUGGGAAUUCUGAAGAAAUGGCUCUAAAACAAAUUGCCCCUACGCUGCUGGCCCUGCUCGGGUUAGUGGCCGUCGGUAAUGCUCUGCGUUGUAACUGCACAAACUGUGAGAAGACAGGAUAUGAGUGUGAGACAGAUGGCGCCUGCAUGGCCUCAACGUACUAUAUCCAGGGGAAGGAGCAACACGUACGCAUCUGUAUCAACCGGGACAACCUGGUUCCCCCUGGACAGCCCUUCUACUGUCUGAGUGCUGAAGGCCUGCUCAACACACAUUGCUGCUAUGUAGAUUACUGCAACAGUAUUGACCUGAAAGUCCCAGUCCCAACAAAAGGGGGGGACUGGUCAAGCCAAGGAAGUCCCUGGGGGCCGGUGGAGCUGGUGGCGGUCAUCGCAGGGCCGGUGUUCCUGCUAUGUGUGCUGCUGAUGGUCGGCGUGUUCCUUUUCCAGUAUCACCAGAGGGCCUACAGCCACAGGCAAAGGCUGGAGGUAGAGGACCCCUCCUGUGACCAUCUGUACUUGGCCAAGGACAAGACCCUGCAGGACCUCAUCUAUGACAUGUCCACCUCUGGAUCAGGCUCUGGUUUGCCCCUGUUUGUGCAGCGGACAGUGGCCAGGACCAUCGUGCUGCAGGAGAUAAUAGGAAAGGGUCGUUUCGGCGAAGUGUGGCGAGGGAAGUGGAGAGGAGGAGAUGUGGCGGUGAAGAUCUUCUCAUCCAGGGAGGAGCGCUCCUGGUUCAGAGAGGCAGAGAUCUACCAGACAAUCAUGCUGCGACACGAGAACAUCCUAGGAUUCAUCGCAGCAGACAAUAAAGACAAUGGCACAUGGACUCAGCUCUGGCUGGUGUCAGACUAUCAUGAGCACGGCUCUCUUUUUGACUACCUGAACCGCUACUCUGUCACCAUCGAGGGCAUGAUCAAACUUGCACUGUCAGCAGCCAGCGGCUUGGCGCACCUCCACAUGGAGAUCCUCGGCACUCAGGGUAAGCCUGGCAUUGCUCACCGUGACCUCAAGUCUAAAAAUAUCCUGGUUAAGAAGAACGGCAUGUGUGCUAUAGCCGACCUGGGUCUGGCAGUCCGCCAUGAGUCCAUCACAGACACAAUCGAUAUAGCACCGAACCAGCGUGUGGGCACUAAGAGAUAUAUGGCUCCAGAAGUUCUGGAUGAAACCAUCAACAUGAAACACUUUGAUUCCUUUAAGUGUGCUGACAUUUACGCGCUGGGCCUGGUGUACUGGGAGAUUGCGCGUCGCUGUAAUGCAGGAGGUAUCCAUGAGGAGUACCAGCUGCCCUACUAUGACCUCGUGCCCUCUGACCCCUCCAUAGAGGAGAUGAGGAAGGUGGUGUGUGACCAGAAACUGAGGCCCAAUGUGCCCAACUGGUGGCAGAGCUAUGAGUCGCUGCGCGUUAUGGGGAAGAUCAUGAGGGAGUGCUGGUACGCCAACGGUGCAGCCAGACUGACAGCCCUGCGCAUCAAGAAGACUCUGUCUCAGCUCAGCGUGGAGGAGGACGUCAAAAUGUGAGCGCCAGGCGGCAAAAAAGACGCACUGGAGACGCACAACCAGACCACACUCCCAUAGGAAAACAAACACUAAAGACAGACUGCAAAUGAAAACCCUGCCAGUUUUAAAGCCACACUCCAAGUUGUGACAAGGCCUACCUCACCUUUUUAGCCAAAACUACUGAGAAUCACCCCUCCCCCCUCCUGACUUCUCCCCCCACCCCUCCCUUGUCUCCCCUCGAUCCUUGUGUCUCCCCCCUGUUCCCUUUGACCCUCUUCUCCAUGGGCCACAACACUACAGCACUACCACUGUUAAUAUCAUCACACUCAACCUUUUUUUGUUUUCAUUUCCCAUGGCAGGAAUUAUUAUUAUUGUACAGUGACGGGAUUUUCUUUUUCUUUUUUCUUUUUUUUUUUUUUUGAGAAUUUUUACCUCUCCGAAAUUGUCCCAUGGAUGGACUAACCUUGUCCAGAAAAGUCAAGCAUGUUGUGGUUUUUAAGUUAAAAAACAAUAACACUUAACUUCAUAUUCUGUUGGCCAUGCAACAUCACAUUCUGUUGCUGUUAGUGUGUGAGGGAGAACGAGGCUGAAGCACUGUCUCUAAUUGUGUGUAUGUGUGUAAAAGGUGUCUGGACUACUAGCAUGUUUUCUAAGACACUCAGAUGUCCUCUGAUAUAGGCUGUAGUUCAGUAGACAAAAGCAGUUAUUGGACAUUUGGUUUAAUUAAGCAUGAACAGCCAGAAUGUGCUUUUUAAUCCCUCACUUGAAAUAUCCUACAAAACCGAAAUUAGUUGCACUCAACUGUAGCUUCCUCAUCAUGUGUGAGACCCGCAGGUAUCACAUAACGGAUGUGGUCCAGUCCUGGUGUUAGUUUGAAAUGAGGCAGGGAUAAUGUCUGGGAUGGUUUUAUUUUUAUUUAUUUGUUGAUAUUUUUAUUUCAUAUUGAUGAACACUGUGAGACGAGAUGUGACAAGCCAGAGUCUUGAUAUGAAAAUUAAAUGUUGUAGUUCAGUCCAAGUCUUCACCAUCUUUCAGAUGUUAAGAUUAAGGGGUUGUUACAUUCAUUUAAUAAGACACUCAGUUCAAAUAUGGAUGUAGCCAUAAACCCCGUCGGUGACAGGCGAUGACAUCGUGCACACUAAGCAAAUAAGAGGCGUAUGAAAUGGCUUUGAAAUAUAUUUUAUGUGUUUUAUGUAAAGACAUCAUGAUGGGUGUUUUCUUUUGACUUUGACAUUAGACACUACUGAUGGGUACAUAUGAUUUGUAUAUAAAACAUGCAUUUUUUUUCCUUUUAUGCCACAAGCGCCAGUGUGACAUUUAAACAGUGAUUUUUUUAUUUUUUAUUUUUUUUUGCUUGAAUGGUACUUUCAAAAGUCUGUUGUUUGAGCUGUUCGCAUGGUUUCUAACUGUGCCAGGAUAUAGACUGUGUCAUCUGCUGGAAUUUGUUUUUCACUUGCUCCUCUCAUGGCAGUUUGGUGGUACUACUGAUCCCAGAUAAUUUUGCUGCAACUUCUGUUUUGUUUAGUUUUUUUUUUUUGUUGUUUUUUAAAAAAAUGUGUAAUUGUUGGAAUUGCUCAAUGAGUUCUUUUCAGAGCUCAAUAAUGCAGAUCUGUUUCUACAUACGUCCUCUGGGGUGACAUCUCUUUCUUUCUCAUUGACACUGGAAUAUUAAGGAGCAUCAUGUAAACCUCAAAAAUCCUGCCAAUGGCUGUUGAUUUAGAAAUAAAGACAACCGCUGACAGUUCACACACAGGGAACAUAGAGUUAGAUGUGAAAAGUAGUUCAGAGGUUUGACUUCAAAGACUGACAUGCUGUAAAGUGAAACUGCACGUUUUCAUUCUACUUAUGUCACCUGCAGCUGGGAGGUUUUUCUGCAGACAAGACUAUGAAAGUAUUACACAGACAUUUGUCACCAUUGGGCUCUGCACUGUUAUGUCCACAUGGACUUUAGUUAAUGUUAGUUAUUACAUCACUUGAUCCAGAAUCCAUGUGUCAUGUUCGUGUCCAUUUUGCAUGCUGUCUCAAACACUGGGUCCUCUGCACUGAGGUAGACGAAAUUAAGACUUGUCUUUCCCUCUUCCUGUUUUCUUUUUGUUUUUUUUGUUUUGUUUUUGUUCGGGUUGUUGGCUGUGUACCCCAGAAAUGUUGCUGCUACUGUUAACAUGGGUGGAAGUUCAGCAGGCAGAGCGUAGCGGGGGGAAGGAAGGAGAGCUGGGAAGAGGAAAUGGGAGACUGCUGUCAGUUGAACCAAAAUUGUCAAAACACUCCUGUCCAUGUUUGGUUUGUUGCCAUGGGUAUAUGACCAUCAGACAUCCUGUUCAUAAGUAAUACUUCAAGAUUUCAAAAAUCAUGUUGUGCAAAUCUUUUCAGAAUUAGUUCAAAAGUGUAUAUAGAUGAUAUACAAUAAAUUCCUCUUUUUCUUA